CAAGCCAAACAGAGGGAGGAUACUAACAAAGACUGAUAAAAGUGUUCUUGGCUCCCACCAAUGAUAUAUGAUUACCAUAUGAUCUGAAGUUACCGGUGUGUGUGUGUGUUUGUGUCUGUGUCUGCGUGUGUGGAAUUCGCUUCAGUCAUUGCACCCAAGUCUGGAAGACUUGUUGAGGCGCACAAAGCAGGCGACCCCUCUUUCUUUCUCCCCUCCUCCUUUUCCUCUGUGUGUGUCUCUCUCUCUCGCUCUCUCUCUCUCACCAAGACAGCGACCUCGCUCCCUCCUCCUGCACACCUGUGUGCUGUGUACAAGCCCGGAAGAUUCACCAUCUCAACAUCUUAGAAUAGACUGGGACCCAUCCGAGCAACUUUGAGGUGAAGCUGCCGUGGUACUAAGGAUCAGCCAUGCGUGUGAUCAUAUCCUUGGCCUUCCUCCUGGCCGUCGGCUGGGCCAAGCCUUUCCAGCAGUCCGGCUUCCUUGACUUCAUGCUGGAGGAUGAAGGGUCGGCGUUUCUCCCUGAGAUGGAUGUGCCCAUGUGUCCUUUUGGCUGCCAGUGCCAUCUGCGAGUGGUGCAGUGCUCCGACCUGGGUCUCACCAAUGUACCGGAGAAUAUUCCCAAAGACACCACACUGCUUGACCUGCAGAACAACAAGAUCACAGAGUUAAAGGAAAAUGACUUCAAGAACCUGAAGAACCUUCACGCCUUGAUCCUGGUUAAUAACAAAAUCGGCACGGUGCAUCCCAAAGCCUUCGCGUCUCUGAUGAAGUUACAGAGACUUUACCUGUCCAAGAACCUGCUGAAAGAGAUCCCAGCAAACAUGCCUCCCUCACUCCAGGAACUACGCAUCCACGAGAACGAGAUCACCAAAGUGAAGAAGCAUGCUUUUGACAACUUGUCGCAGGUGUACGCCUUAGAAAUGGGCGGCAAUCCCCUGAAGAACUCCGGCAUUGACAGCGGGGCGUUCAAAGGGCUGAAGAAGCUUUCCUUUAUGCGUCUGUCGAACACAGCCCUCACUGCCAUCCCCAAAGAUCUUCCGAGCUCUCUGUCUGAAAUCCAUCUCGAUGGUAAUAAAAUCAGUCGGGUGAAAGCCGAUUCAUUGAAGGGUCUCCACAAUUUGGUCAGGUUGGGUCUGAGCUUCAAUGAGAUUGCCUCUGUCGACAACGGGUCCCUGGAUAAUGCUCCGUACCUGAGAGAACUCCACUUGGACAACAACGCCCUCGUCAAGGUCCCUGCUGGCUUGGCUGACCACCGAUACAUACAGGUAGUUUACCUCCACAACAACCGCAUCACGUCCGUGAGCACCAACGACUUCUGCGGCCAGGAUUACUACGCCAAGAAGAACCUGUACUCGGGGAUAAGCCUCUUCAACAACCCCGUCCCUUACUGGGAGAUCCAGCCAAUCACAUUCCGCUGCGCCAUGAACCGAGCAGCCAUCCAGCUCGGCAACUUCAAGUAAACCGCUCUCCCGCCCCAUCAUCUGCGAGAAGGAAAUGCCGCGGGAAGCGCUGGUUACGUCUCGCACGGUCCUUUUGAAGAAGGGGAAGGGAGGGGAGGGGAGGGAGGGGAGGGAGGGAAAAGGGAAGGGGAUUUUCCAAGAACUAUCAGUAGGUUCAAGCCCGGCUUAAUUCCAAAGGACAGAUGCUACUAAACUCUCCAUUAUUCAAAAAUAGGUAUAGAAACUUGCAUAAUCUCAAGCCUCAUGCUCUUGCCUGUCAACGUACUCGAACGCGCACACACAUGUGUCUUAUGCGGCUCGAUUGCGGCCUAUCGCCCGCUGGUAAUUUAUUGCCCUUGGUGUGAUGAUCUCUGUAUCUCAUGGCUCCUCUUGGCCCUAACCCGGGACAGUGAACCAUUUAUCGUCAGAUUUCAUCAUAGUUUGAAGCAGCAACUGCGGCAGAUUUGUAACGGCAAACUUUAGAAAUGCUCCUGAGCUUGUUUGGCAGUGGAAGCCUUUGUGUGUGCUGGAAGGGGAGGGGGCCGGGGAUUUUGACUGUUGAUUUAUUUUGUAAACUCUAUGUAUCAUAAACAGCAUGUUGGUGCUUGUACAUCCAAACUGAUACCAAGACUAAAUAUAUUGUAAGCUAAA